UCACUUGUUUCUUUUCUCGGAGAGACGCGCCGCUGAUCCUUGGAGCUCCGGGACUUUCGGCCUCUUUCUACCCCGAAAACAGCGCUCAAAGAUCCGGGACCGAGCCUCGCUCCGGGAGCUGCAGCAAAACCGGGACCGGCUGGUUUGGUAGGUGUUACAGGGAAAACAGCGAGCUCCACGGUGGAUUUCCUGGUUCAGGUGCGUUUGACCUGGGCCUCUGCUUCGCUGCGUCUGCGAGGAGUGAACGCCAACAGCAGCUUUAAAACAAGAAAUAUAACGUUGUUUUUACGUUUUACAUAUUUGUUAAAGUUUGGAGUUCUUAUAUUUGUGGUUAUUGUUGCUGCUAAAGUGAAUUUUGAAGAUUGAAUCGUGCAAAAUGUCCAUGUUUACAGUCACUCCGAAGGCCUAGCAAACUUUGCGACUUUUGCAGAAGUGAGUUUGUGGGCUUGGAGCCGGUUAAAUGCGGGUUAAGAGCGUGUUUCUGCUGUGGAUCGGAUUAAAUUCAGUGUGAUCGGCGGCCCGGCGCUACUGGUUGGGUCCAGGCCGGGGCAGGAGCAGCUGUCAGCGGGAUAGUGAGCAGCUGAGGCCAGGGAGAGCGAGAGCCUGGAGGUUAGCAGUGGUUUAGCCGUAGCUUCGGAAUGCAGCCUGGCUCGGUCUGGCACGGGUCUGAAAUACUCACUUGGGCUGUUUUUAUCCUUCCUGUGCACGCACAGAUUCCGUCAGAGACAAGGAACCUGCUAAUAACAUGCCACUAACUAACCUAUAGCAUAGGAACUAUAGACUUGUAAGGGAUAGCACAAAGUACAUUGUAAAUUUUAUUUCACUUAAUAUCAGGAAAAUACGGCUGUUUACAAACUCACACGACUCUUUAGAGUCCUGGUUUAGUGCUGGUCCUGCUCUGAUUAUAUUAUGACUCCUGGUUAAGUCCUGGUUCAGUACUUGGCUUAACCUCUCUUUUGGUCUUUGAUUGGUGAAAGACCAAUAAUAUUUGGUUUUGAUUAGUUGUAGUCUUGGUAUUAUCAGGGUUUUCUCCCUUGUUGUUGUUUACCUAUCUGUUUUAUUCCUGGUUCAGUAUUAACUAUGGUCCUAGGUUUAAUCCUGAUUUUAGUCCUGGUUUAAGACCUGAUUUAGACACUGGUUCAGACCUGGUUAAAAUUUUUGUUAUCAUCCUAGUUUUGAAUCAUGUUUUUUGGCCAUGGUUCAGUACUGCUCCAGUCUUGGUUUAGCUCUAGUUUUUAGACUUGGUUUUUGUUAUGGCGUUAGAGUCAAAUUCAUUCAAAUAAGACCAUGAACUUUAGAUAAUCACUUUAACACAGACACAGAUAAGAGUAGGAAGAGAGGUUACACCAGCACUCUUUAAAACACUAAUCACAUCAGGGUUAAUUCAGAUGCCCUCCCUGCCAUUUACAGGUCACACGUUUGAAGUUUGAGGGAAUUCUUUUCAUCUGUCCAAAGACUAACACUAAAGUAGUCGGGAAUGAACCAGGACUGAACCGGGACUGAACCAGGAUUGAACCAGGACUGAACCAGAUCUAAAGCAGCUCCAGCCCGGGACCGAACCAGGUCUAAACUAAGAUGUUAUUGUAGUAGGCCUAGUAAUUUUCUCUUUGAAACCAGAGUAGUGUUGAUUUGAGGGUUAGGGUGUGUCUGCAGCAAAUCAAGAGGACAAAGAGAUCAGGAGUCUAACCCACAACCUCCUGACUGAGAGGAGAGGCAAACCACUCUGCCACAGGGUUCAUUACUCUUCUAGUGUGGAGUUCAACGAGGAAGUGUUGACACGGCAGCAACCAAUCAGAAUGCAGCUCUGGAGUCAGACCUCUGACAUCAGGAGCAAGGGGAUCCUUCAAAGGGAAGAGCCUGAGGAAUAGACUUCCCUUUUCUUUUCUUUUUUUUUUUUUACCUGUGUGGGCGGAGUCAAGGUGAGCCUCCGAAAUGUGAAGCUGCCAAUCAAAUGGGACUAGCCUGAAGUGCAGCCAAUCCACACCAGCGCUCUGAGAUGCAUUUGAAAUCGUGCCCGAAGUUGUUGCGCUCGGAACUGCGCCUGGACCUGGGUCAGCAACAGGGGGCGCUGUUGAGGCGGGGACAGAGCCAGCGUGUCCCAUUGGCCGCUCUGUCCACCAACACGCUCCGCUGCAGUCCUGCGAGGGGCGCUGUGCUGGGCGGGGCGGCACAGGCCAAGGGCUCAGAGAACGCCGUGUUCACAGAGGAAGAGGGCGGUGGGCUCGACGUUUGGAGUGUCAUCAAACCAGGACAUGUGAGAGAGAAGAUUGCUCUGUUUGCUCACGACACGCCCAGCCAGAGAAAUGCCAAAGGGAGCUGGGAUGUCACUGCCAAACGCCGCAGAAGAACCAGCCAAAUCCAACCAGCUCAAGUCUUCCAGUCUCCCCAGCCUUCAGUGACUCUGAACCUGCAGCCUGCUGCCCGGGACCCCACCCUGGACCCACCCCUGGACCCACCCCUGGACCCACCCCUGGACCCCCCCUCUGGACCCCCCUCUGGACCCUCCUCUGGACCCCCUCUCUGGCACUCCUCUCUCCCCUCUCCCCCCCUGACCCCUCUGACCCUUGCGAAGAUGACUCCAAACUAUCUGUGGUGGAAAUGGUUGCGUUUUUGGAGCAGCGUGUUAUCACCUGCUCGCCACGCCAAACUCCGAAGUUCCGCCUCUAUCACGCUUUCCCGAGCCCCACCCCCUUCUUCUGUCACCACCGACCCUCAACCUGCUCCCCCCUCGGACCGGCCAAUCAUGUUGCAGCAGGGGGAGGAGCCGGAGAGCGUCAGUGUUUCCGAUAUGGUUGCUAAACUGGAGUCUCAGUGUUUGCGACGAAGGACUCAAAGUGAACGCCGAACGGUUGGACGUGUUCUCCUAGCCGAGCAAAACCAUGCUUCCCUUGCCAACAUGCAGCCAAUCAGCUCCUCCAAACCAUUCAAAGUCACACCCGCAGCCUCCACGGCCACAGAGAUAAGAAAGGCGGCUGUUAGCUUUUGUAAAUCAGACGUAAAAGUCAAAGUUACUUCAUCUUUUUCUACUGAUUCAAAGGAGGUUAUUAAGACUGCCACAAAAACCACCCCUACUUUGUCUGAACGUAGUGACGCCAUUGGACGAGGCAGAGUAGAAUCCCCACCCUCCUGUCACUCAAAACCUUCCCAGCUUUGUAAACCGGACAAAAACUCACAAGUCAAACUGAACACAAUGCAAAAAUGUGAAACUCAGAAAUCAGUGAACACGGGGGACAUUUUGAGACCUACUGUACGAUCUGAGGUGGUAUCGGCUAAUAUGAUCAAAAUGGAGGAUGUUAUUUGUGUUAAAGAUGUGACUAAACCUGAUCCUAAGCCUGAUGAUGCAUUAAAAACAGUAGGAGUGUCCUGUGUAAAGUUAAAAAAUACACCUUCGUCUGAGUUUAAAACUGAAAAAUCACUAAACAGUUCCAACAUGGAGGAGCCAGUGCCUGGUUUACUGUUCCUAACCCCUCCCUCUAAAGUCUGUUUCCAAUCAGAGCAGAGAAAACCCCUCAGUCCCACCUCCUUGUCCUCAAACUUAAAUACUGAUUCGUUCCUGGUUCUGUCCACGUCUGAGCUUGCUGUUCAGUCAGAGCAGAGGAAAGUGGAGCGGCAUCACAGCUGCUCCAACUCUGAUUCUUUCAUGGUUUUGUCUCUGGAUCUCACAGGCCCAUCGCAAAUGAGGACACAAUGCUCCUUCUCAUUAAGUCCUGCCUCCUCCUCAGACCAAUCAGAAAAGAGGAAACGUCUGUGCUCUCAGAGUCCUGCCUCCACUUGUGACUCCAGUCCAUUCAGAACGCUCCAAUCCAGCUCUAGGGAUCUCACUGCUCAAUCAGAGAAGAGGAAAGCCAAGUCAGACUCUAACCUGUCACGCAGCUCACUUGAUUUAGUCAUCCAAUCAGAAACAAAAAAACCCAGCAGAGUCCAAUCAGAAAAGAGCUGUCUAACAGUUACAAAGGCUUCAAUUGAUCAAACUGACCAGUUACAAAACAGCAGCGGUCUCUUCAGUGAAUCAGAGAAGAGAAAGUCCUGCCCUGUCACCACCUCAGAGUUCAAUGUCCAGUCAGAAGCCAGGAUUGAACUUUUACCCCUUGAGAGCCAAUUGCAGCGCAGAAGGCUUAACCGUAUCGCCCAAUCAGAGAAGAGGAAGUCUUGCCCUGUGAUGGUUUCUGAUUGGUCAAACACUCUGGACCUUGGCCAAUCACAGACACUGAAAGCCCCAUCAGACUUUGCCUUAGACACAAGCCAAACAGAGCAGAGGAGGUCCUUCCUGGCCUCUUCCUCUGACCAAUCAGAGGCUCGUCCCUGUGGCUCUGUGCUGCGCUCCUCUUCUGAUGUGGGCUAUGAGCGCCGACGCCGCAGGAAGGCAGCGAGAGCCUUCAGCUUGUGCUCAGCCGAGGGGGCAGGGCAAUACAGUGAAGGACGUGUCUCAGAGGACUUUCUGUUGAUGCGGCGCCGCGUACAGAGCCUUUUGGAGCCGCGAUCAAACCUGUCAUACCUGUCCCUAUUGCCACACCACCUGCUCCUGCAGAUUCUGCUGCACCUGCCGACCCGUGCCCUGGCAGCGCUCAAAUGCACCUGUCACUACCUGCGGCUCGUCAUUGACACGUAUGACCCGCGACCAAUGGACGCCCUCUGGGUGUGCGACCCCCGUUACCGAGACGACCCCUGUAAACAGUGUAAACGUCGUCACCAGCGUGGCGACGUGUCUCUGUGCCGCUGGCAUCACAAACCCUUCUGCCAGGCCAUGCCCUAUGGCCCUGGGUACUGGAUGUGCUGCCAUGGUGACCGCCGUGAUGCUCCAGGAUGCAAUGUCGGUCUCCAUGACAACAGAUGGGUGCCCGCCUUCCACAGCAUCAAUGCCCCGAUCUACCGCCAGAGGCCGCGGGAGGAGGAUGAGACGUAAAAGUGUAAAAGUAUAAGGACAAUAUCUCUGUAAGCUAAAUAUACAAACAAUACACACAGAGGAGCUGAGAACUACUAACACUACAAUAUGCAAUAUGUUUAAUACGCCCAGACAGAGAGGAUGAGCGGACUGUACACAAGAACUGUAACGUGCUGAUCUACAGGCAGGGGGCACUGCAGAGCAGGAGGCUAACACUACAGUAUGCUAACGCUACAGUAUGUUGUAUUUUUGACACGCCAAAAACAGAGACAAAAGCUACCAACAUUACAGCUUGUCUGUAUCACAGUGUGAUCCAGAUACUUGGAAAUCAUGGACUGGAACCAUCACUGUCUCAAACACACAAAGAAGGAGAGGAGCAGGAGAAGAGGAGAGCUGACAGAAACCAUUUUAUCAUAACCAUGAAUGGACAGAGGCAGAGAGGAGGGAGAGAGACUACUAAUACUCCCUAAUGUGCAUCAGUGCAUCUUCAAACCAGAAGAGGAAAUCACAGAACAGUAUAAUCUAAUUCAAGAUUUUAUAUUUAAAUUUUCAAACUCAAAAGUCAAAAUGGGAGACCAAAGAGUUGUUAGACAGAGCUUAAAUAUAGUGUUUCUGAUAUUAGCCAAUCAGAAAGGAAAAUACCCAAUGUCCUGCCUCUAAGCCUGCUUCUUGCCCAAUCAGAAUACUUAUUUUGCACAGUAGUGAUGGACUAGAACGCAUUUACUAGAGCGUUCUAGAGACGAAUGGCUCCUUAUGCACCGAUUGGGCAGGUAGCACAAAGGGACCGCAAAAGCAGAAGGGAUAUUAGGUUACAUUUUAGGUGAUAUACUAUAUUAAAAGCAUGUUUAUUAGUAAGUCUUGGUGUAUUCUAAGAUCCAGAACCGGAUUUUUAAAAAUAAAGUUACACAGCGAAAUCCUGGGCCCACAUUUGUGAUUGUUGGAAGUCACAAAAUGGCCACUGUUUCUCUGACGACACAGAUCUGGCAGCGACAGUUUAAUGUAUCUACUCUAGUAAGUUUUUGCAGAUAUUUUUAAAUGUUUAGAGUCUCAGUCAAGACUCUUUACGCAAUGAUUCUACCAACAGAAAACCCCUCAUUAAAAUUUUUAAUGAAGACAGAGAAGAAUUAUACAAGUUCAAAUGAACACAAAUGUCUGCAUAAAAAGAAUAAUUACUUAUCUAAUUUAAUAUUUAUAACAUUUUAACUUAAACAGGGGCUAUUGUGCAAAAUAGAUUUUUUUUUUUGGGGGGGGGCAGGGUCUUUCCUCAUCAGAAACAUGCGUGAAGAGAUCUUUAGAUGUCUUCCAUGCACGUUUGAGUAUUUAGCGGUCUGUCCUGUGCCCUAUUCAAACCAUCCUUAUGGUUAGCAAAUUGAGCCUGUACAAGACUCCGUCCCCAAGUCUACAUCAUCCAUGCUCCCGCACAAUAAUUUUCAGAAAUAUACAACAUCAUGAUACAAAUCGAUACACUACAACUUGACAACCCUGAUGCGAUGUACGGUAGUUUCGUUAUGGGGAUGUUGUUUUACAACAUUGGGAUUUAAAAUGUCCAAAUUAUAGCAUAAUUUGUGUCAAAAUCAAGUGCUACAUAGUAGAUUAUACGAUAUAGCAGACACAUGCAUAAUAUGUCCCAUUUUAAAUUAGCUGUUCUGGAAUUUCCUCCUUUGGUUCAGCUUGGCUCUGUCUCGGUCUAUUCUAGACUCAAAAUCUUCCAGAAACCUUUGAAUCCAGAAGUUUGGGUUAAUAAAAUAACUAAUAAGACUCAGACUGUUAUGGAGAAUGCAAUAUUAUAAUUUAUAUGGUUGUUUGUGUUAAAGUCACAUGAAGCUUUAGAACAAGCCUGAUUGGUCGAUGUCCGGGCGGGUGAUAUGACUAUUAAAAACAAGUAAAUUCCCUGUAGUUGAACCUGAGCUGUGUAACUGUCAGAUUGCAGAUAUGUUGACCUGGUUUAUGGUUAAUAUCUCUGUAAUAAUUGGGCCUACCCACAUGAAACAAAAACUGACACAAAGGCAGUAUGAAUAAACUAAAGUGACUUUUUUUUUUUCACACUAGCUUCAGACAGUGGUAUCAUUAUUCAACUCCAAGGACAUGAUUGCUGUCAUCUGAAAGGACUUUAAGCCAAUCCCAGACAAAUAAUGAGAAGGGUCACAUUUGGGAAUCAUAAGAUUUCUUGAGUCUUCCAUAGAGUUAUAAAGACCCUUGCUCUACUUGAUAUGAUGUCACAUUUAGUCAUAUUGCUCGGCCCUGGUGCUUCCUUUCCUUUAACUCCUAUGUCGUGACUUCAGUGUGUGGGGGCUUGGCCUAUUUGUUUGUGUGCGUGGCUCUGUUUGUUUGGGGCGUGGCUCUGCACCUUGUUUGUGUUUACAUUUGUACAGAAAUGAGAGUUUAUAUUAAUGUCAAAGGGAUUCUGUCUCGUCCAAUCAGAAGCUGCGGGAUAAUCACAUGACUUUGUUAAAUUUUAUUAUUGUUUUUGCUGUUUUUGUGGGAGUGGCCUUUGAGACGAUGCAAUAUGUGAGAAAAUAUAUGAGAAAAUGAGGCGUGUUUUUUAAGUUUGGGAGAUUCUGCUUUAAUAAAGUGCUUUUCUUUGA